AUGGCGCCAAUUCCUAAUUUAACUUCGGCGCCAUCUGAACUACUGCAUACAAUUCUCCAACACAUCGGGCUUCAGGGCAUCCAUAGGCAUCCCGAAUACGAAGAUGUAAUUGACCCCCCGGGUGAAAUAGGGCGGCCAAUAGGAGGGGGAACAGGGCCUCCGCGGAGUGGAAUAUUCAUUGUCAUAAUUGUAUUUGGGCUCGUUGCCGUAAUAUUUACAAUUGUUGCCGGAUGUAUAUGGUGUGCUGCCGCGAACGAAUUGAUAUACGCUUCUGAGCAAGAGGAAAGAAGACCCUGGAGAGCUAAGAAAGUUGCUCCUUUGAAAGAAUGGUACCGUCGUCGCCGAAAUUCCCCCCGCACCAAAUCAGACAUCUCUCGUGAUUCCCGCCGCCACUCCAUCCUAGGAUCCCUCUCUGUCACCAAUUGGCGUGGCCGUGCCAACAGACGGUGUGAGCCUGAAUACACCUAUAAAGCCUGGAGGCGGGCAGGUCCUAAAGACACCGACCGCUCUCCUCUUUUUCAUGAGAGCAGGGGAGGCCAUGGAUAUAGCACUUUUUCGAAAGAAGAAGGAUCUGGGGGAGCACAUAUAUUGUCUUUGAGCGUGCCCACUUCGCCACAUAUGGAGCAGCUAUUUGCGGGUCACCUAACAGGGCCAGUGCCACCGUUGCGAAGACCGCCGUUGGGUAGUACGAAAACAACAUCCAUGUCGAGGUUGUCACCUAUCGAUAGGGUGUACAGAGGCCCUAGAAGCAAUUCCUGGAGUGGAUAUAGCGGAUCACGUGGGAGGCGGUGUAAAUAUUCAGGGAGGGAAUACGAUGGUUCGGGUAGAGGAUAUAGUUGGGGCAAUGGCGGGAGGGGUGGCUCGAGAGGGGCUUGUAGGAACAAACCGCCAGGAAUGAGGGGGCUUGAUGUGGUUCAGGAGGAAGAGUAUAUGUCGGAAGAACAAAAGUGA